UAUUUAUUUAAAAAAAGCGCUAUCUAAAUUUUCUAGAAAGACAAAUUAAGCACUUUCCCUCGGGCUAGGGGUUUUAAUUUGGCCAGAAGGUCACGUCUUACUACGCGCUUGGGUCGGCGGCGACCCUCGGACCGGCUUAUCAGCACUGCGAGACACUCCAUCGGGCUAUAACAUUGACCCAUUUCGCCGCAGCGACGACGAUGACGACACGGUCUCACCCGGGCAUAUCGGUAGCAACAGGCAGCUGCUCUCGGAUCUCUUUAAAUGCACGCACCGCACCCGCCGCCGCCGCCACUCGGCACCCCAUUAGCUGCACCGCUUGAAUGUGCGAUCGUAAUCAAUAAAACUUUGACCAGAAAAUAAAAAUACUCGGCUCGUCACAUUUAUAAUUUCAAUUCGUGGUGCGUGACGGAAUCGGAAGCUGCGCGAGUCGCACUCGCUCGAUUUUCAGCGUGCGAAAGCAGUACAAAGUCUGCCGCUGAUAAUAUUCAGUGGCAAAAACUAUGCUUGGAACUUUGAUCUUCGCCCACUUGCUGUUGAAAUGCUCGAUGGCGUCGGCCGACAACCUGCUGGGCACUAUGACCCCGGCGCCACUUGGGAAAAAAACUCCAAUCGGCGACACAUUUGUCUUCGUCGACGAGCCAAACCCAAAGCGGCGGGGCAAGCAGAAGCAGCCAAAAGCAAGACUCUUUGGCAUCGCUGUAUUGCGAGACAACCGCGCUCUUACGUACCCAAGACUGCCUCUCCGUAGACCAAAUAUAAAUAACAACAACGGCAGAAAUAAGCGGCGCAGAGGCAGAGGCAGGAAUAAUAACAAAAACAAAAAAGUGACAAAAAAUAAAAACGCCCAGACGCUUCCCACGACCAAAUCAGGACAAAACACGCCCGAAUUCAGCGGACCGUUCAAACCUGAUGAAUACGAUUACAGAUAUGAGGAGUACGGGUUUGAGACAACAAGACGGCGUCUGACAACCUCUUCCGGACGGCGCCGAAGGACGCAGACGGCCUGGUCAACCUGGCCGUCGUCUCAAUCCAUGUCCACCUUGACAACAACAACAACAACUACGCCGGUGGCCAGUGAGGCCCAACUGGUGACAGUCGCCAGCCCCUCUGUUCCGCCCGUGCCCAGUACUUUUUGCGCAUCUGAUUCUCUUAAUGUAGCAAUGGUUUGCUGUAACUUGCAAUUUCCGGCACUAUUCGACUACGCCGACUUUGACAACUGCGCGACAAACGCGGCCAAUCUAUCACCUGAGGAAAUGGACACAUUCUUGAUCAAUUUUGGAAUGGAUGAAAAGUCGGAACUGAACUUUAAUUUAAAGUGGUUCCAAGAUGCCAGGGAGUCGAUGGUAUGUUUUUCUACAUGCUUUUGCCUUAAACAGAAUCUGCAAUUUUUUCUCGUCCCACAGUGCGUCAUGAGUUGCGUUUUCUUGGAAUCACAAUUCAUGGGGAACGAUCCGCGGGUUUUGGAUAUUGAGGAAGUCAACUCUUACUUCUACAAUCACUUAGAAAAUACGAACAAAAGCGACUGGAUCUCGACUCUGGACCAGGCUUUGGUGGACUGCGAGGAGGCAAUCAAAGUGGGACGAUUGACGGAAAAAAUGCCUGAUUACUUUGAGACGGAGGACUCUACCUGCUUCACCCGACCGUUUCUCUAUGUGCAGUGUAUCAGAAGAGAGCUCCUAUACAAAUGUCCCGAGCCGUCAGACAAAGCCACGAGUGACUAUUGCAAAUCGGUCAUGACGACUCUCGGCGAGUGCAAUCCUUUUCGUACUUGAAAUAUUUUAAUUAAAAAAAUUUUAACUUGGUGAAUAAAAGAUAAAAACUCAACAAAAAAACUUGCGUUUAAUAUUUCGGUUUUGGUUUCGAAUCACGAGUGUGCCUAACCCUGCUCUACAAUUUUCAAUGCCAU